AUGGCCGAAGUAAUCCUCUUUCCCAUCGGGAAACAGAUCCUGGGGAAGUUAAGCGACUUCGCCGUCCAAGAGAUCGGGCUGCUGUGGACCCUGAAAAAGGAGCUGAAGAAGCUGGAGGGCACUAUGUCAACCAUCCAAGCUGUGCUCCUUGACGCCGAGAAAAAGCAGAAGCACAACGACCAGAUCAAGCUCUGGCUCAGCAACCUCUCGGAGGCGAUGUACGAUGCUGAUGACUUGCUUGAUGAUUUCGCCACCCACGAGGCUUUGACGCAGCAGCAGCAGCAGCAGCAGAAUGACAUGUCUUGUUCGUGUUCCUCUGUGGUAAGCUACCUUGCCUCCCUCUCCAAAAGGUUGCUGUAUGGACUCAAGAUGGCCCAUGAUAUCAAAGACAUUAGGGAGAGGCUUGAUGAUAUCUCUGCAAAUAGAACCCAAUUCAACCUUGAACAAGUUUCUCCUGCGAGUGAUGAUGAUGGAGAUGAAAGGGAGACCAUUUCCUCCCCACCCUCCUGUGUUGUUGGCAGGGAAGCUGAUAAAGAGAGAUUGAUCAGUGUUUUACUGAACGACGACGAUACCCACGUCCUCCCGAUCGUUGGGAUUGGUGGGAUGGGGAAGACAACUCUUGCUCAGCUUCUAUUCGAGGAUGACCGGAUCAAGCAGAACUUCGAGGUGAGACAAUGGGUGUAUGUCUCCGAGAGAUUCAUCGUUAAGAAUGUCGUCAAGAAGAUUUUAGAGUCUGUAUCCAGUGAACCCAUCCAGGGGGAAGAUCUUCAGCUGAACUUUCUGAAAGAUCGGCUACGACAGCAUAUUGAGGGCCGAAGGAGCUUGUUCAUCCUGGAUGAUGUCUGGGAGGAAAAUAGUCAGAAAUGGGAGCUUCUGAAGAAAUGUCUGUUGGUGGGUGUUAGCAAGGGAAGCAAAGUGGUACUCACAACUCGCUUGGAAACUGUUGCAAGAACUGCUAGCAUCACGGAGCCCUACCGUUUAGGAGGCAUCUCAGUGGACGAGGCUUGGGAUCUGAUAGUCCAUAUGGUGUUCAAUGGGCAGCAGCCAACUAGCCAGAGCGUUGUCGAAAUUGGCAAGGGGAUCGCGAAAAAGUGUCGAGGAGUUCCACUUGCUGUGAACACAAUAGGAAACUUGUUGCGACGCAAGCAUCCUGAAACCGAAUGGUCGUUUUUCUUGGACAACGAGCUCUCGAGCAUACCCGAAGGAGAGAACUAUGUGCUCUCAACGCUUCGAUUGAGCUACAACUAUCUUCCUCCACAUUUGAAGAAUUGCUUUGCCUAUUGCAGUCUUUAUCCCAAAGGUUGCGAGAUUGACGUCCCUGCACUUGUGAUGAUGUGGAUAGCACAGGGAUUUGUUGGGUCGGUCAAUAAGGCCGUCUUAAGCGCUGAAGAUAUGGCAUUGCAGUAUUUUGAGAAGCUAUGGUGGGGGUCCUUCUUCCAAGAGGUGGAAAGGGAUGAGUUGGGGACCAUCACAACCUGCAAAAUGCACGACCUGAUGCACGAUUUAGCAGGUUUGGUUGCUGAAGACAGGAUCAUGAAGAUAGAUGACCUAAAUGGUAUGGUUCCUGCUAUCACAACAAGAACACGCCAUGUGUCUGUGACUUCGUGCAAUGAGAAUGAUGGCUUUCAGAUGCAAGAAGAGGCAAGGCAGUUGCGAACUCUCCUGCUCAUACGCAGCAAAUCGAAUCUACUGAUGAAGGGGCAACAUGAAGCGAUAGUACACAACUUGAGGCGUCUACGAGUUCUAGGACCAUCUCCUGGAGAACCACAGAGUGAGCCUAUAUCUCAAGGAGGUCUUCGUACGGCUAUGAUGGUUCUUAAGGCUGCCAUGACUUUUAUGGAGGCAAGUAUCAAUGUGGUUGAGCUAUCGGAUUCGAUUGGUGAGUUAAAGCAUCUAAGGUAUCUCGAUAUCAGUAAGAACAGGGUGGUUGAAAUUCCAGAUUCCUUGACAACCCUUAUAAACCUCCAACUACUGAACCUCACCCGCUGUGAUAAACUCGAGAGAUUGCCUAAAGGUAUGGAGACGCUUGUGAAUUUGCGGCAUCUUUACCUGGAUGGCUGCGGUGAACUGACUUAUAUGCCCAAAGGGAUAGGGAAGCUGACUGCCCUUCAGACAUUGACCCUAUUCGUCGUGGCUGAUCCAAGCAAGGUUGACCCUGAUGUUGCCGCGUUGCUGGAGGAGUUAACCGUGUUGAAUCACUUGGGUGGGAAGCUGACAAUCAAAGGCUUGGAGCAUCUUGAUUCCAAAUCAGCUGCAGAUGGAUGGUAUUUGAAAGAGAAGAAGCGGCUUCAAUCUCUGAAGCUAAUAUGGCGGGAUCCAAAUCAAGAUGGAGCUGUUGCAGUGACCUGGAUGGAGAGGCUUCGCCCACACAGCAAUCUUAGGAAGCUCGAAAUAAUUGGCUACCGUGGAAUGAGCUUCCCCAGCUGGGCUUCUGAUAUUAGUGAUAAACGCUACUAUUACUUAUAG